AUGAACGCAAUCAACAACAACAACAACAACAACAACGGCGGCAAUAACAACAACAACAACGACAACAACAACAACGACGACGGUGCCGCCGCUGCUGCCGCUGCCGCCGCUGCCGCCAAGAAGAAGGCCCAGCAGCAGGCACAGCAGGCUGCUGCCGAAGCCUCCUCGUCCGCCGCCGCCGCUUCGUCCUCCGCCGCCGCCUCGCGUUCCGCCGCUGCCUCGCGCGCUUCCGUAUACAGCGUCACCAAGGCGGCGGCGCGCGCCAGCGCCUCGGCUUCCAAAGCCGCCGCCAAGUCGCGCGCCAGCGUCCGCGCCAGCAAGUCGGCCGCCGCCGCCGCCUCGUCCGCCUCGGCUGCCGCCGCCGCUUCCGCCGCCGCCGCCACCCCCACCGGCAACCUCAACAACUUCGCCAACCUCUACGACGGCCUCUCCAAGAUCAUCAUGGAGCAGGCCGACUCGUAA